CCACAACUCACUCACCCCUUGUAAGGAAAACAUGAAUUCCCCCGGAAUACAAGAAAAUAAAGAUAUUUACAUCACCUAUUUAACCUUAAUCAACUUAAAUACUGCUGCCAAACGUAUAAAAUCAUGCAACAUUUUAGAGUUGUAAUGAACACAUUCUUGAUUUCAAUCCAACUUCUCUCGUUGUUACAUUUUGUGACAGCCAAGGAAACUUCGAUAGUUGGACUCAAAUCAAAUGUCACAACUAAUUCAACUUAUUCGCCAUGGCUCAGAGGAGUAAAGAAUCAACGAGCAAUUGGGUGUUGGAGACGGCCAUGGAUUUGCAACCAGGGCGAGUUUCCACCAAGAAUCAGAAGGCUUUGUUGCAGAAAUCGAUGCGUGGACGUUACAUCUGAUGUUAACAACUGUGGAUUAUGUGGGAUUAGGUGUCCAUUCAAUUGGCAAUGCUGUCGAGGCCUAUGCAUAGACAUAAAUGUCAAUCCAUUCCAUUGUGGGAGUUGUGAGCAUAGAUGUCGAUUCCCUAGCCUUUGCUUCUUUGGUAUGUGUGGUUAUGCUCAACCAUUGCCUCCUUUUCCAUUUCCUCCGCAUCCGCCUUUUCCUCCGAGACCACCAUUUCCCCCGAGGCCUUUUCCUCCACGGCCCUUCCCCCCGAGGCCUUUUCCUCCGAGACCUUUUCCGCCAAAGCCCUUUCCUCCCAAGCCAUAUCCACCCAGGCCAUGGCCUAAACCUCCAAGAGGCAGUCAGCCUCCACCAGUGGUUUGAUGAACUGUACAUUGACGCCAUCCUCGUGUUCAAAAUCAUUAUAUUGCCUCUGUUCAACUUCCUUUUCCAUUCAAUAACCAUCAGAGGAAAAAAAUAAAAAAAAAAUAAAUAAAUAAACAGUUAGGGUUAUGAAAAUUAGA